AUGCCAUUGCCACCUACCGAUACGCUGCUGCAACUCCAGGGAGCAGAGAAGCUUGACCGGAUAUUCAUCUCGGGUCUGGAGGUCUAUCGCCGGCAGCAGCGGCGCCUCGCGUCCGAGACGAGUGAGGAGGACGACGAAGGGAGCAAUCGCGGCAGGAGCGCCGGCUCCAUCCGGGAUGCGGGCGGCCGCAUCGCCGAGGUUGGCGCCGCCCGCGAGAACGUCUACUUCCGCAAGAUGGAUAGCGAACUUAUCAACAAAUUGAAAGAGAGGAGGCUCAAAGAAAUUCAGGAACGUAAGGAUGAAAUAAAACAACAUGAGAAGGCUAUAGCUGACGCAAAACGUGAACUUGAAGAACUCGAGAAGAAUUUAGAAGCUGACGAGUAA